CUCUCUCGGAUCUCAAUUCUAAACCCCAAAAUAUUCCAAGAAAAGAAAAAUGAUCGAAAAUUUAGGAAAGUGAGUACAUGACAUCACUUGCCACGUGUCCACUAAUCCAAUGGCUACCGACAAACUUCCUUCGAUUCGCGCACGUAUCUAACAUGAGUCUCCCUCUUCCUUCCUUCAUAUUUAUACCUUUUCCUCCAUUCUUCCUUUCUUGCACACUUUUCAACUCUCACCUUCCCUUUCUAGAAUUUUCUUGCCAAAAUUUCAACUUUGCGGUAGUUUUUAGCAUAACAGCUGUAAAACUGCAAGUUAAUCUUCCCUUUUGUACUUGCAUUGUAUAUGUAAACAGUAAGAUUUCCAUUUUUUUUUGAAAUCUGCUGAUUGAAGUUCUAUAUUUUCUGAUUGAUUUGUCAUUUUUUUGCCCAUGUUUAUGUAAAGAACUAUAAUUUAUACUUGAUUGUGAAAAAUCCUAUCUGGGUUUUGGAUUUAGGUUUGUAAAUUUUGUGGGUGUAUUGAUUUUUAUGGAUUGUAUGAACUGUUGGGUAAAAGAUAGAAGGAGGGUUUUGGGUUUGGGAUCUGGUGAUUGGGGGUGUUCUUGUGUGUAAUGAGAAGGAGGUGGACUGUUGGGGCUAUUCCUUGUCAAAUGGAGAAAGGGAAUUCAAAGAAUCAUAAUAGUAGGCUUUGUGUAUUGAGUUCUUUGUGUAUUUUGUUUUGGAGUUUACUCUUGUAUUUCCAUUUUGUUGUUCUAGGUAGUAAUAAUGUCCAUGAAUCAACUGCUUUACAAUCAAAUCCUAUUAGAAUUGAGAUUUUUAAUCCUGUAAAAACCCAUCUCCCGGUGUUAAAUGACGUUAAAUCAACUAGUGAUGCCAUGACUGUAUUGGUGCAUAAUGACUUAGAUUUGAGUAGGAAUGGUGUUGAAAAUGAGGUUAAGCCUGAGAUUUUGAAUGAUGUCAAGUCAACUAAUGUUCCCUUGAAGGUGCGAAGUGAUUCUGAAUUGAGCCAAAAUGAUGUCGAAAAUGAGGGUAGUGGGGAGGUUCGGUUGGGGGGAACAUCUGUGAGUAGUCGUAAGAUCGAUGUUGGAUCAAAAUCUAGUGAUCCUAAGAGUGUUUUACCUACUCAAGAUGAACCUCAGGAGUUUCCGUUUAUGAGGGCUUUGAGGACGGUUGAGAAUAGUAGUGAUCCUUGUGGUGGAAAGUACAUUUAUGUUCAUGAUCUUCCCUCGAGGUUCAAUGGUGAUAUGCUUAAAGAGUGUCGGAGCCUUAGUCUUUGGACUAAUAUGUGCAAGUUUACUACCAAUGCUGGGCUUGGUCCUCCCCUUGAGAAUGUUGCGGGUGUGUUCUCGAAUACUGGGUGGUACGCAACGAAUCAGUUUGCUGUAGAUGUGAUCUUUAACAAUCGGAUGAAACAGUAUGAGUGCCUUACGAAUGAUUCCUCGAUUGCUGCAGCAAUAUUUGUACCCUUUUAUGCGGGGUUUGAUAUUGCUCGGUAUCUUUGGGGAUACAAUAUAUCUAGGAGGGAUGCUGCUUCACUUGAUUUAACUGAUUGGCUGAUGAAAAGGCCAGAGUGGAAGAUAAUGGACGGUAGAGAUCAUUUCUUAGUUGCAGGAAGGAUUACGUGGGACUUCCGAAGAUUAACAGAAGAGGAAAACGAUUGGGGUAGUAAGCUUCUGUUUUUGCCUGCGGCUAAGAACAUGUCUAUGUUGGUGGUGGAAUCUAGCCCUUGGAAUGCAAACGAUUUUGCGAUACCAUAUCCGACCUAUUUCCACCCCGCAAAAGAUAACGAUGUGUUUGCCUGGCAAGAUCGGAUGAGGAAGCUCGAAAGAAAAUAUCUUUUCUCGUUUGCGGGGGCCCCAAGACCCGACAAUCCGAAAUCAAUUAGAGGACAGAUAAUCAAUCAAUGCAAGAGUACAGAUACAUGCAAGCUUUUGGAAUGUGAUUUUGGGGAAAGUAAGUGUCAUUCUCCAAGUAGUAUUAUGAAGAUGUUUCAGAGUUCCCUUUUCUGUUUACAGCCUCAAGGGGACUCGUAUACUCGAAGAUCAGCGUUUGACUCGAUGUUGGCUGGUUGUAUACCUGUAUUUUUCCACCCUGGUUCAGCUUACACUCAAUAUACGUGGCAUCUGCCGAAGAAUUACUCGAGUUACUCUGUCUUCAUUUCAGAGAACGAUGUUCGUAAAAGGAAUCUCAGCAUUGAGGAUACGCUGCGGGGAAUACCUUCUCAACAGGUAGAGAUUAUGAGGGAGACGGUCAUCAAUCUCAUACCUAAGCUGAUAUAUGCUGAUCCUCGCUCGAAGCUAGAGACCCUUCCAGAUGCCUUUGAUGUGUCUGUGCAGGCGGUCAUCGACAAGGUUACGAGGCUGAGAAAGAAUAUAAUUCAAGGCAGAACGGAAUAUGAUAACUUCAUCGAGGAAAACAGUUGGAAAUAUGCUCUUCUCGAGGAUGGCCAAAGAGAGGUGGGGUAUCACGAAUGGGAUCCUUUCUUCUCUAAGCCUAAAGAAGGCGAAGGGGAUUCUAACGGUGCAUCUUCCGAAGCUGCUAAGAAUUCUUGGAAGAACGAGCAGCGAAGUCAAUCGAGAAAAAGCUAGUUCAUACAUCCAUUCUGAAGCGGUUCACUAGACGGCUUUUUGCCUAGUGUUUAAGGUAUACCAUCUUGUCCAAGCACGAUAUUUUAUUGGUUGAUAGGACGCUUACUUAUUUCGGUCAUUUCGAGUUUCAUAGUUAUACAUAGAAAGUUUUAAUGAUACAUAUAUUCUUAUGCAAUGCAAUCUGGCUAGAAGUAUAUUUUUCAUGUUAAUAGCUCAUUAGUGGAUGGUUCAUCUUGAUGGCUCAUUUGAGGCAGUUUUCUAUGAUCACCUUGUAUAAUUGGGGAAUGGUUUAAGUUACUUUGUAAAACAAUAGAUAUGAUACUUAUCGGAUGUACAAUGAGACCGAUUGUUCGGUUUCUAUGUUGCAAGAGUUGACUUGUAUUGAAUCGUUAACACUCCCAAAUGAAAAUAAAUAUUCGACUACU